AUGUCUCCUAACAGCGACAACGCCAUGGCCCGCUUCUUGUUCGCCAUCCUGAAGCAGAAGAACCUCAAAGACAUCGACUGGAAUCAAGUGGCUGCCGAUCCCGUCCUGCUCGAGCCCAUCACCAACGGCCAUGCCGCCAGAAUGCGCUACUCGCGCUUCCGAGCCACAGUAACCGGUCACACACCGUCAAAGCGAGGUCGGUCGUCGGACAAGUCACGAGUGUCCAAGUCGAAGAAGGGCGCUCCGACAAAGAAGGAGAAGCUCAUUAAGCAAGAGCCUGGCUCGUCGAGCCUCGCUGGAUACCCUCAGUUCUCGCCCGAAUCCCUCGCAUCACUCGCAUCACCCUACAUCACGGACUGUAAUGACUUCACCAAAGACUGUGAUGACUUCACCGCUCGCUUCCUCACGCCCUGCAGCGACGACAUGACGCAGGCAUUGUCUAUGCCCCCCUCUCUCGACAGCAUUCGGCACUCGGGCAGUCUGAUGUUUCCUCCCCUGGAUGGCAACCCAGACUUCAUGAACCACACCGCUCAUGGUCUUCCUUCGACCUCUCAAUCUGCCUUUGACAUGGCCUACGACAUGAGCAGCUAUCCCGGAGAGCUUGCAAGCCAGGGCCUAUCUCACACUGGUGGAUCUCAGCCCUUGGGAGACUGGGACGACCGAUUGAACGACCAGCACUUUUGA